UCCAACGGUCCACAUCCCAUCCCCCAAGCCCCCCAUCCAUCUUCACCAACGCAAUCAACGCCACAGCACGCACUACCCCAAAAAUAGCCCCCCCUUUUCCCUCUCAAAUAACAUAACAUAAGCUAACCCCCCCCCCCCCCCCCCUCCCCUUCUCCUCUUUCCAGAAAACCACAUCUCUCUCUCUCCCCCCCAAUCUUCUCACUUUCUAAAAAAACCAUAACAAUGGCAGCCACACCAUCUGCUCGCGAGGAAAAUGUCUACAUGGCGAAACUCGCCGAGCAAGCCGAACGGUAUGAAGAAAUGGUGGAGUACAUGGAGAAAGUCUCCGCCUCCAUCGACAACGAGGAACUCACCGUAGAAGAGAGAAACCUCCUCUCUGUGGCUUACAAAAACGUGAUCGGAGCUAGACGUGCUUCUUGGAGGAUUAUUUCCUCGAUCGAGCAGAAAGAGGAGAGUCGUGGUAACGAAGACCAUGUGUCUGUGAUCCGUGACUAUAGAGCUAAGAUUGAGACCGAACUGUCUUCGAUCUGUGACGGGAUCUUGAAGUUGCUCGACACCAGGUUGAUUCCAACGGCUUCUUCUGGUGAUUCGAAGGUGUUUUAUUUGAAGAUGAAGGGGGAUUAUCACAGGUAUUUGGCUGAGUUUAAAACUGGUGCUGAAAGGAAAGAGGCUGCUGAGAGUACUCUCACUGCUUACAAAUCUGCUCAGGAUAUCGCAAAUGCAGAACUGGCUCCCACUCACCCAAUCCGUCUCGGAUUGGCUCUUAACUUCUCAGUGUUUUACUAUGAGAUUCUCAACUCUCCAGAUCGUGCUUGCAAUCUUGCCAAACAGGCUUUUGAUGAGGCAAUUGCUGAGCUGGAUACAUUGGGCGAGGAGUCAUACAAGGACAGCACUUUGAUCAUGCAACUUCUUCGAGAUAAUCUUACUCUUUGGACAUCUGACAUGCAGGAUGAUGCUGCUGAUGAGAUCAAAGAAGCAGCACCUAAAACUGGUGAUGAACAGUGAAGGUGCUUUACUGCAAACUAGUGUUGAACUUCUCUAUAUGUUUUUAACAGGAGAUGGUGCUUGUUGCUAAUUUGCUUGAUUUGUAGGCAUUCUUAUUUUGGUUAUGAAUUGUGGACGCACCAAGCCUUUUUUUCCUUGUUUUAUUUUAGCUUGUCAUAUCAAAUUUGUGUUCUUGAAUUCUCAAUGAUAUCUGGUUUUGUCAUUUAAAA